UCGCAUUGUUGCCACUGCGGCUCACCACCGCCUCUUCACCCCCCCCUCUCGCUCUCGUCCGCCACCCCGCGGUCCCUCGGUUGUACGUAACGCUCACACGGCUCGCUCUCUCGCGCACGCACGCACACUGGCGCUCUCCUCCUGCCCGCCUGCUUACUACGACUACAACACAAGCUACGACCCACACGUCUCCCUCCGCGUGCGUCUCUCUCUCUCUCAUCCUGCGCUGUGGCGUUCCACCGGAGAGAUUCGUCUCGCUCGACAUUCGCCCUCCCCCCCUCUACCCCGGCCACACCGCCGUCUUCCUCCACAAGGAUCGGAUCUAUCGGCCGCUCGCUGCAUUGGGAUUUUUUUGUUUGUUUGCUCGGACGUUCGCUGCUGCUGCUGCGAACAGAGGGGGUUGGUGUGUGGACGACCCCAGCACCUCAACACCACUUGCCCGCGUCCCGUAGCCACGGGCUGACUGGGUAACGGUCUCGGUGAUUGUGGCAUGGCUGGGUGACUAGCUAGCUUACUGGCCUACUGGAUGAGUUAGCUAGCAAUCUAGAUGAUUGGUUGACUGACUGCCUCAGUAUCUGACUGAGUAGCUGGCUGACGUGUUGGUUAACUGGUACUCUGGUUGGUUAGCUGACCGGUUGAGUGGCUUGCUGGGUGACUUUACCUUGCUGGCUAGGUGACUGACUGGCUGGCUGGCUGAGUGUUAAGCUGCUACGACGAUCGCCUCACUAUCUGACUGGCAACAUUUGUCUGCCCGCCUUAGUGGGCCGGUUGGUUUAGGUGGCCAACUGACUGGCUGGGGUCGACCGACUUGGCUUCCUAGCUGGUCGGGUGACUAGUUUGGUGGCUGGCCCGGUGGCCGGCCAGUUCGGGGAGCUUUGGUGGUCGGUUGGGGGGGUUGUCCGGCCAAUGAGCUCGUCUUGGACAAAGGGGCUUUGAGAAGGCCAGCUGUCGCGCGUCCACGCUCCGUUGUCCGCUGAGCGAGUGACGCCCGGGGAUGCUGCUGCUGCUCCUUCUGCUGUGCAAGCGUAGGUUGAAAGCUGCGAUGCGGUAGCUGGCGGACGAUUCUGUUCCUGGACCAGCGGGUGACUCCGGGUGACCGGGAGCUGGCCGGGCGGCUUCGACAACGAUGCCCGUGCAAGCGCCACAGUGGACCGAGUUCCUGUCGUGCCCCAUCUGCUGCCAUGAGUUUGACGAGACCCUUCGGCGUCCCGUGAGCCUGGGCUGCGGCCACACGGCCUGCAAGACGUGCCUCAACAAGCUGCACCGCAAGGCCUGCCCCUUCGACCAGACGGCCAUCCACACAGACAUUGAGGCGCUGCCCGUCAACUUUGCCCUGCUGCAGCUGCUGGGCGCGCAGGUGCCAGAUUCACAGGCGCCCGGCGUAGCAGUGCUGAGCGUGGCAGAGAAUGGCGCCCACUACGACGCCUCCAAGAAGUGCGUGGAGGAGCUGGCGCUGCUGCUCAAACCUCUCAGCGGCGCCAAGGGCGUGGUGGCGGCGUCGCAGUCGCAGCUGUCGCGGCCCAUGCAGCGCAAGCUGGUGACGCUGGUCAACUGCCAGCUGGUGGAGGAGGAGGGCCGGCUGCGGGCCAUGCGGGCGGCGCGCUCACUGGGCGAACGCACCGUCACCGAGCUCAUCCUGCAGCACCAGAACCCGCAGCAGCUCUCCUCCAACCUGUGGGCGGCCGUGCGCGCCCGCGGAUGCCAGUUCCUUGGGCCCGCCAUGCAGGAGGAGGCACUGAAGCUGGUGCUGCUGGCGCUGGAGGACGGCUCGGCACUGUCGCGCAAGGUGCUCGUGCUGUUUGUGGUCCAGCGGCUGGAGACGCGAUUUCCACAGGCGUCCAAGACCAGCAUCGGCCACGUGGUGCAGCUGCUCUACCGCGCUUCCUGCUUCAAGGUGACGAAACGCGACGAGGACUCGUCGCUGAUGCAGCUCAAGGAGGAGUUCCGCACGUACGAGGCGCUGCGUCGCGAACACGACUCGCAGAUUGUGCAGAUCGCCAUGGAGGCCGGGCUUCGCAUCGCGCCCGACCAGUGGUCGUCGCUGCUCUACGGAGACCUGGCCCACAAGUCGCACAUGCAGUCCAUCAUCGACAAGCUGCAGACGCCGGCAUCGUUUGCGCAGAGCGUGCAGGAGCUGACGAUCGCGCUGCAGAGGACAGGCGACCCCGCCAACCUCAACCAGCUCCGGCCCCACCUGGAGCUGCUGGCCAACAUCGACCCCAGCCCAGACGCGGCGGCGCCCACGUGGGAGCAGCUGGCGGCGGCGAUGGUUGCGGUGAAGACGGUCGUGCAGGGACUGGUGGACUUCAUUCAGAACUACAGCAAGAAGGGCUUCGAGCAGACGCAGCCUCUGCAGAACAGCAAGUACAAGACGAGCAUGUGCCGCGACCUGACGCAGCAGGGCGGCUGCCCUCGCGGCGCCAGCUGCACGUUCGCUCACUCCCAGGACGAGCUGGAGAGGUACCGCUUGAAAAACAAGAAACUGGCGGGCGGUCGAGGCACCAGCCAAUCGCUCACGCAACUCAACAAGGUUGGCAUGGGCUCCUCGGGGCUGGAGCCGCUUGCGUCCAAGCUCCUGCCGGCGCAGAACGGCCUCAUGAGCGGAGGCGGCAGCUCGCCGCAGCUGCUGGCGCGCGGCACGGACCCGGGUGGGUUCGGCGCGGAGGUCAGCGGGGGCCUGGGCCUGCCGGCCGGGCUCGGUAUCGGCCACGCGGCCGGGCUCGGGGUGAGGAUUGCGCUGGGCGGCGGCAAGGUGGGAGAGGCGAGCGCCAGCGCGCCGGGGUCGCUGUCGGGGUCACCGCCGGACAACAAAAUCGGCUCCCCUCCGAAAUCCCACCUGGGUCCCUACGCGGCUUUGGGUGGUCACCUGCAACCGGGCGGACUCGGCGCUCCCGACCUGACUGGCAAAGGUGUCCCGGUGCCGCAUGGCCACCACCACCACCACCACCACCCGCACGCCCAUGGGCACCCCCACGCGCACCCCAUGAGCCGGGUGCUCUACCCCCCGCCACCGCCGCAGCAGCAGCAGCAGCAGCAGCCGCCGCCGCCGCAGCAGCCGCAACCGCCCCCCCACCACGCGCCCCCCGUUGACGUUUACUUCCAGGACCCACGCGGUGGGCAGCAGCAGCAGCAGCAGCAGCCACCGCCGCCGCCGCCGCCAGCGCUGGCGUACGACCACCAGCACUACCGGGCCCCGUACUGUCAGACCCAACACCCAAGCUCCCCCUACGCUCCCCGCUACGUGCACAGACAGGGGGCCCCCCCGGACGCCUCUUUGGGGGGCCCUGCCGUGCCCCACGCGUACCCUCCCCCGUCAACGGCGGACCCCUACGGUCCCUACCCGCCGCCGCCUCCGCCGCCCACGCACCACGCUUAUGCGUCGCCACCUCCACCGCCGCUCCCGGGCGGGUACCACAUGGGUCACCACGGAGCGCCGCCGCCGCCGCCACCCCACCACCACCACCAUCACCACCACCACGCCGCCGCGGCGGCAGCGGCGUACGACUCCCGGCGGGCGUGCGUGCGCCGCCGCCCCCCCCACGCGCCGUCACCGUACCCGCCGGGCCAGCGCGAUGGCAGCAUCGGACCGGCGCACGAGACCGGCUACGCGGUGAGGGGUGGGCCGCUGCCACCGGCGCACGGCCACCCGGAGGCCGGGUACUACCAGCCGCCGCAGGGCGGGCACAUGCCAGCGGCACCACAUGGACCGCCGCAGAUGCAGCAGCAGCAGCAGCAGCACCGGCCCGCCAGCGUGCCACGGGAUCCGUACACGCAGCCCCCGCCGAGCCUGGAGGAGCUGCACCGCCGGCGCGCCGAGCUGCUAGCGCAGCUGAAGGUGGCUCGCCCGGGCGCUCCGCCCGUCUCCCCGCCCCCCUUCGCUCACUCCCCGACGCCGCCCCCCCUCGCCAUGGCCCCCUACGGCGGAGAGGAGUACGCGCCAAUGUACUCGGAGGAGGAGGAAGACGGAGGCGGCGAGGCGUGCGGGCGCGCGCCCCCCCUCGCCUACGCGGAGAGCGAGUUCCCGUCGCAGUACUCUCCGUGGUCGUGCGAGGCCAUCAGCUCGUACAUCGCUGGCAAGGAGGCGAAGCCGCGCGACGUCAUGGCCACCAGCGGCUCUGACAUGACGGUGAAGCUGAGUCGCAGCGAUACUCCGUCGUCGCAGACGGAGUGCGUGCGCUGGGGCGAGGCGUACCACCGCUCCACCGACGAGAUGUGGCUCGACCAGCGCCGCCCCAAGGAUGAGGACCCCAUCAUCCCGUUUGGCGAGAGCCCCACGGUGUCCAAGUGGGGCGCCAUCUCCCGCUCGGCACGCACCUCCUUCCGCAACACGGGCCCUGUGCAGGCCACAGCCUCCCAGGGCUCGGCCACGCGGCCUGUCAACGUCACCGACGCCCCGAUUCUCACCCCGUGCUUCGCAGACUACUUUGUCAACUACUCGAGCUCCUGCGGCUGGAACUCGCCCACCAACGUGUACCCGUCUCAGCCCAGCCCCACCCCACAGUACACGGACAGGGAGCGGGCGAUGGCACCUUGCUCGGAGCGAGACCACAUGCGGCUGGAGAUGGAGCUGCAGGCGGUGAACCACCAGAUCAGCCAGCAGAGCCAGAUACACGGCAUGCAGGCGGCCAGCAACACGGCCCUGCUGCAGAGAGAGGCGCAGGCGCUGGCGCUGCAGCCGUUGGCGGGGCCGCGUCGCAGCCCGGAGGAGGCCGGCAGCGGCGGCGGGCGAGUCGGCGCCCGGGCGACGACCGACCCACUGCAGGCGGACGGGGGGGUGACGGUAUCCGCUCCGGCGACGGACGGUGGGGCUGGCGCCGACGAGCAGGUGGCUGACGGGGAGGGGCCGGACGAUCUGGACUUUGAGCACUGCCUGGGGCUGGAGCUAACCCAGGAUGAGUUGGACUGCCCUGGGGAUGCCGGCCAGGCGAGCUGCCAGGCCUCGCCAGGUCCAAGCAGUGACGAAUCCCGCUCUGCACCGCAAAUAUACACGGCCUGCGACGUGAUGGCGGGGGUCGCCGGCUCUCCCCCCAGCGUUUGUGUCGUCUCCGCGGCGGCAAUGGCCGCUGCGGCCGCUUCCGCUUCGACGGGAUCGGCGGGAGCGUCGCCACCGGUGGCGGCCUGCCACGGCGGUCGUGAUGACGCCGCCGCCUCGGCACUGGCAACGAAGACCGCCGUGCUCGCCAUCUCCUCCUCCUCCUCCUCCUCGGCGCAGCCUCAACCGCAGCUGAACGGCGUCGCCGAUGCCGGCUCGCUGGCUUCCGUGUGACGCCGCGCCAUGCCUCGUCACGCCACGUCAGCGGCCGGCGGUAGCUUGCCGCCGAUAACUAAAUGAGACGACGGGCGCUUGCUUUUUUCAGCAGGCGCCAGGGCGGCGUACGCCGGUAGGGGGAGCUCGGGCUAGGGUCCGGCACCUCUCGUGCCGAUCGACGGGGGGGUGGGGGGGGGGUGGAUGGCGUGGGGGCUUGGUGGCUUGGAGCGGUUGGGUUUGCGUCGGCGCCGUUGGCAACAUUGGGACGAUUUAAAACGGGUGACGAUGAUCGACGGGAUGAUCUACGCGUAGUUUUCAAACAAAAUAAAUGAAAGUCUGGUGCUGUCGUCGGGGGAGUGGGGGGGGGGGGGCAGGAAGGGGCGGCUGCUCUCCCACUGGUCUCCCGGCCCGCUCGAAUCCCGUUGGGUUGUUCGUUUUCUCACAGCCCAUUUAGUUCUUUUUUUGGGAUUUAGUUCAAUUCUGUCGGUCACCGUUUUGUCUUCACGGCGCGGCUUGCCUGGAACGCGCCGUUUGUUCUUCGACGGGGGGGAAAAAGAGAGAGAAAAAGAGUCUAAUUGUCUAAGUGUUCGAACCGUUGGGACGCGUGGCGAUCGACUCGAUUAGCGAGUCGGUGCAUUUGAUUGCAUGCCUUCCCCGCCCGCCCCCCCGCCACUUCCUGAGACGUCCCAUCGUCCAAUGCAGCCCCUUCGCUGUUAAUGUUACGACCACCACCACCACCAGCCGUGCACGUGUUGCAACUCUCACACCACCUUCUGUCUCUCCCCCUACAAGAUGUCAUCAAUAGCCAGCAAGGCAGUGGCUCGUUAGCGGUUAGCUAGUGCAACACAAACGAAGCUAACUUCGCGUGCCUUGAUUGGUCGGGAGGAAAACAAACGGACAACAAACAAAAAAAGGGAACCGGAAAAGAAGGUUCUGCUAAGCGACUUUCGAUUUGGUGGGUGCUUAUCGCGUAGCCGAUCGGUCGCUGAGAGCAAAGGGGGGGGGGGGUGCUCUUCACCCUCCCGUCCCCCCCAGUUUGAGACGUGUAAUGUGACGCCGUACGUCAAUGAGCCAGCUGACAACCAGAGGCGACGAUCGUGGUCGGCGAGUCGGUCCGGGAUUGCCGCCGAUUUGUCCGACGUCAUAAACGCGGCGUCCGCACCGUCGCGAGCGGUUAACGAGGAGUCUGCCCGAGGCCCGCUCCCGUUUUUUUAUUUUAUUUUUUACACCGCCACCACCGCCCGCCGCCUUCGUUGCCAGCCAGACUUCGUGAGCGAGGCCUCCUCGACUUAUCGCAGCCCUUUGGCGAUGAUUGAUUCGAGGGCAUUGCCACUUUGACUUUCUCUUCCCUCCGCUCGCCGGGAGGCCGGGCGCCGAUGUGACGGCACUUUUAUCGGUUAGCCAGAGGACAAAAUGUUUGCUCACCUUUGAGUAAAUGUGCAGGAAGAGGUGUUUUUUUCCCCACUGCUGGUUCCUGGGGGAUGGGUAGCGUGGGGGCUAGGAGAGAGGGCGAGGAGGGGAAGAUGACGGGUGGGGUGGAUUAGGCAAGGUGGUUGUCGCAGCUGUUGCUGUGCCCGAUGUUAAAACGCGCCAAAAUUACAACCAACGGGGUGGGUGGGCGGGGGGGUGUGGGAUACGUGAGCUGUUAUUAUCGGUUUUUAAUUGUUUCCCUGCUCGCGCCUGGUGAGGAACGCCCGCACGGCGAAGGCGCCCACGCGCACAGCGGUUGGGCAGGAGAGGUGGGCGAAGUUGGGUGAUGCGCCGAGUGCUUUACUGGAGAGCGUUUUAAUUUUUGUUAUUCCUGCACCAGGAAGAAAACCCGUUUCCUCUUCACGUUACCGUUCCGUUUUUCUUGAGCAUUCACUUCCGCCCAAUUCUUCCACCGCGGCUCUCGAGCUAACGGGCGGGCCCAAAUGACCAGCUCGGUUUUUUUUUAAUUUUCCUUUUCUUUUUUUUCGAAAGCCCUGGCUUCUGUGAAGCGGGGCAAAAUGCAGUGUCCGAACCGAGCAUUUGUACCGACACAGCUCGCUCGGCGUUUCUCUCGACGACGCACAGAAAACGCGCCGAGAGAGGCCCAAAACCGGCACCAGCGGCACCAGCGGCAGCAUCAGCGGCAGCAUCAAAACAGACCCGUCUAACCGCACCGUCAGAUUUGAAAGGGGAACGAACGGGAGGAGUAACAAAACGGGUGGCCGUGUAGCUGGGUGGGUGGGUCGAGAACGCGUCGCCGCGGUGCGGUUUUCCCCGUCGUGGUAUCGUCACUGCCGGUUGCUGUGCGGUACGAGCCACCGUUUUCUGGAGGUCACUCCCGACAACGGUGAGGGCCGACUCGUCCUCUGCCCGUGUUUUGUGAGAGCGCGGGGAAUCGUGGCGGCGACGCCCCAGAUUUCGACGCGGGCAGAGUUUUGAGGGGGGGGGG